GACGUCAUCACGUACAUCCAGCGUCUGGCCGUGGCCGUGAGUGCCCUUCAUCCGUCCACAUUUUGCCAGGCUUGACUCCCCAAAGCACGCAGAAAUGGCCCUGCUCAAGUCCAACAAAGUUUUCGUCUGUUUGGGAAACAUUACGCCGUCCCUCGGGGUGCUGUCCGCCCGUAACAGCUCAUGGUGGGGUGGAGUGCAGAUGGGUCCCCCUGAUCCCAUCUUGGGUGUGACCGAAGCCUUCAAGAGGGACACCAACCCCAAGAAGAUGAACCUGGGAGUGGGAGCUUACAGGGACGACCAGGGCAAGCCCUUUGUCCUCAGUUGUGUUCGCAAGGCGGAGGCCUUGAUUGCAGAAAAACAGCUGGAUAAGGAAUAUCUUCCCAUUGGCGGUUUGGGAGAUUUUACGAAGGCAUGUGCCCAACUUGCUCUUGGAGCUGAUAACGAGGUCUUGAAGAGUGGCAGGAACAUUACUGUCCAGACCAUCUCAGGAACUGGAUCUCUGCGCAUUGGAGCUAACUUUUUGUCUCGGUUCCAUGGAGGUCCUCAUGAUGUGUAUCUGCCCAAGCCUUCCUGGGGUAACCACACACCCAUCUUCAGAGAUGCUGGCAUGCAGCUCAAAGCGUACCGCUACUACAACCCUUCCACAUGUGGCUUUGAUUUCAAAGGCGCUCUGGAAGACAUCUCUAAAAUCCCAGAGCAGAGUGUGAUCUUGUUGCAUGCCUGUGCCCACAACCCAACCGGUGUGGAUCCCAGGCCUGAGCAGUGGAAGGAGAUCGCUGACAUUGUGAAGAAGCGCAACUUGCUGGUGUUCUUCGACAUGGCGUACCAGGGCUUCGCAAGCGGAGACAUCGAUCGCGAUGCCUGGGCUGUGCGCUACUUCAUCGAGCAGGGCCACAACAUUGUACUGUCCCAGUCCUAUGCUAAGAACAUGGGUCUCUAUGGCGAGCGUGUGGGAGGCUUCACUGUGGUGUGUAAAGACAGUGAGGAGGCGAAGAGGGUGGAGUCUCAACUGAAGAUCCUCAUCAGGCCCAUUUACUCCAACCCGCCAAUGAACGGAGCAAGAAUCGCUACAACUAUUCUUAACACACCAGAUCUUCGUGCACUUUGGCUGGAGGAGGUCCACGGGAUGGCAAAUCGCAUCAUCAAGAUGAGAGAGCAGCUCGUAGCCGGCCUGAAAAAGAACGGCUCCACCCACAACUGGCAGCAUGUCAUCGACCAGAUCGGCAUGUUCUGCUUCACAGGCCUGAAACCGGAACAGGUUGAACGCAUAACGAAAGAGUUUUCAGUGUACAUGACCAAGGAUGGCAGAAUCUCCAUGGCAGGCGUGUCCUCCGGGAACGUGGAAUACCUGGCGCAGGCAAUCCACGCCGUCUCAAAGUAGAGCGGAUCCCGCUGGGAGAGUAACAGCACCCAAACGGCAAGGUUGAAGAGAUUUGAAACAUCGCUUGCUCUCCUUCUUUCAUUUCUAGUAUACAGUUACAUUUUAUUGGACUUCAUCAGCCUACUGUCCAACUUGUUGCUGUUAAAUGGUUUACUUUUUUGUUUGUUUUUGCUCCAAAAGCAUGUCAUUAAAUAACAGAUUCCCCUGCUAAAUUGUUCAUUGUGUUCACUUUGAGCUGAAAUGAGAAAUAUACUGUAAUGUUGUUUUAUUUAUUGUGCGGAACAAACCUGGCUGCUGUUCUUCUACUUUUGGCUCACUCACUUUAAACUGUCAGGGUAAUAUUUAGAUAGUAGUUUCAAGUACAAGUGAAGAUCUGUGUGGCUAUGUGAAAGCAUGUGUAAAUGUCUUUUGGGUUUUUUUUUUUAACUUUAUUCAAAGGAAAGGACUCUCUGUCAUUGGUUUAAAAAAAAAAAAAAAAAAAAAAGUCUGCUUGUCACACUUCUGUUUCAGUCUUAUUUAGUACUUUUCACUCUUUCAUCAAAAGUUAACUGAAUGUUUUCAGUUGCAGAGCAGCAGUUUCUCAAUCAGUCGUGUCAUUUUAUCCCUCAAAACAAAUAGUCAUGGAAGCCAAAAAAAUACUUAAUUGAGCUCUGUAUGGAAGUGGGUGGUGAUGAUUUUCACUGCAGACAUGGUGUAUUUCAUUCAGAUUUUCUUUUCAGAUUUCCAUCAUACAGUUUUGCUUUAAAUAUUGGUACAGAUGUCUCAGUGUGGGCUUUAAGAGGCAACGUGUCAAUCUGUUCAUCAUUAAGACAUGAGCAUUGAGGGCAUUCGAAUGUGAAACGUUACCAUUUGCCUCUAUUCUGCAUAUAAAACAUUAGUCAUUGCAUUACAGAACUAUAAUAAAUCAUUUAAGAGUAA